UGUCCGCUCCCGCGUUUCUGCAGCAUUUGUUCAGUAAACGGGAGGCGGCGCACGGAACAGCGCGCUAGACCUACGUAUUUGGAAAGAGAAUGACGGGACCGCGGAGAGAUCUCUCCUUUCCCCCGGAAGUUUCUGGCUUUGUGGAUUACAGUAGGCUGUAAUUACGCUUAUUAGUUGACUGUAGGAGGAAGAGCGAGCGGACACACGGAUACGGCUGCGGGCUGUGCUCGACUUCGGCUUGUUAGGAGUUUCCACCUUGCAGCUGGUGGAAAGUCAUAAACUUUGAACUUAAACCCACAUAUUGAGUGAAGACUUAUUGCGCGUGCAUUCUGCGUCGUGAUCCGGAGAAAGCGCACGCGUACGCCUGUCUGUGAGUUACCGGUUGUUUCUUAAGAUGCUCUGCGUUGUGCGCAAAACGAGGCUUAAACUUGCGCGGUGAACCAGCACGGAGCGGUGUGGGAUGGGAGAAGCGGCUCCGGCGCAGCCCACGGCUCCGGGUUUCCCCCCCGUCCUGGGCUCGGUGGGUUCGGGCUCCAUGGCCUCGGUGAGCCCGGUGUCGGUCCACAGCGCUAUAGUGGAGCGGCUGCGCGCGCGGAUCGAGCUGUGCCGCCGCCAUCACUCGGCGUGUGAGAGCCGUUACGUGCGCGGACAGGCUGAGAUCUCGGACCGGGAGCGCGAGGCGACGCUGCAGCUGCUCAGCAUCGUACAGCAGGGCACCGGGAACCGGAGAGGCAAAGAGAGGAGCGCGAGAGCGGGCGCGGCGCACGGGCCGGAUGGAGCCACGGCGGCUAACGGAGAGCAGAAAAACCGAGAGAGCGGGGAGGGGGAACCGAGACUGGCAACCCGCAUAGCGCUCCAGGGGUCUCUCAGACGAAAGAUUGAGGGGCAACCUUCUGGAUACACAGCUAAGCAGAAUGGCCACUUCUGUGUGGGCCCAGUCCCAGACUUCAAGCGUCUUCGUAUGGAGACAGGCUCUCUUCAUGCUGGUGCUUGCUCUGUAGAUGCGGGGCAAACUCAAAAUUUAGCUGGGUCUAUAGCUCUGGGCCACAUUCCCCGGCGGAAAGAUCCCUUCAUGAUGGGCCAAGGUGUAGGCAGUGAUAUUUUCAACAUGACUCUUAGAGAUAUGAAGAAAGAACCAACUGAUGUUCACACCUGCAGUCAUUCAUCAGCAGACCCUGCGAUGAUUGUGUUUGACUUUAAAGAAGAGGGUGGAGGACAAAUUGACCCUGAACUCCAGGAUCUGUUUGAUGAACUUACUAAGUCGGUACCACCUCUGAAUGACCUGGAGCUAGAGAAAAUGCUGAAACAAGAUGAUGACUUCGGUUUGGAUCUCGGGCGACCCAGCUCAGCUGGUGCAGCCAAUCCCUGCCCUCUUUUAGAUAAACCGAUCAAGACAGAGUACUCACCUGAUUAUGGCCAAGCACCAGGAAGCUCUCCACAGCUCAGGCCAGCAUCUGCUGGACCUUCCUUUUCAAUGGCCAACACGAAUAUGUCAACUUCCCCCAUUGGGCCAGGGCAAAUGACCCAUAAUCAUGUACCACAGACUACAGGAACUUCUUCAAGAGGACUGCCUGCAUGGCCCGAGAUGUCACAUGCUGAGCAGCUAAAGCAAAUGGCUGCAAACCAGCAGCCUAAACCGCAGCCCAACUCUAUUCUCCACCACCAACAGCAAAGCCAACAAGGUGGAGUGAGGAACUGGUCCUCCACCAUGAGUGGUCACCCCAGUUCCUUUUGCCAGGAAACCAUUUCCAGCACAGGUUUGCUAAGCCAACCACGAGUUAGCUCUCAGGGCAAUGGUCAGGGCAAAGGCAUGCCCAACUUCCUCUUUAAGCCCAGUAGUUACAACCCAUCAAAUCCCACCGACAUAAAACCUCUCAGCAAUAAACCAAUGCUGCAUUUCACCCCUAAAGCGUCAACUUCAACCACAGGCCAACAAAUCCCCCAUAUGGUCGGGUCACAGAGCAAACAGGCUACACAGCAGCAGUCUACAGGAGGUCAAAACACACAGUUUCAGUUGUCUAUGCAAUCAUCGUGUCUACAGCCGAAGUCCCUGAGGCCUUCUGUUAACCAGCAUGGUCCUGGAAUCAAUUAUAAAGUAAACCAACAAAGACAGGGAUUGGCACCAGGGCCACGAUUCUCAGCAAAUGGAUGUCUGGUGACCCAACAACAGCAGCAUCCGUCUGCACCUAGCACUUCACAGAUAAACAACAGCAAAGGACAGAGACAGCUAAACCAAGCUCAGCAGCACACCAGUGACACAGAGAAAUUCAACCCCCAGGAUCAGUUUAACAGGCAUCUAACAAGACCCCCGCCUGACUAUAAACAACCCCAGCACGCAAAUCUUUACACAGGUCUGACAUCAUCCACAAUGACCAGUAACAGCUCAGAUCAGAGGGAGAUUCAGUCCAUCUCGUGCCAUAUAUCCAGUAAUCAGGGAGUCAAAAUGACACCCAACUCUGGAGACAGAAUGUUUCCCAGUAGAUCUGAUCAUUCAGACGUCCAGAACUGUGCAGGCCAACUGCACCAACAGUCUAACAGCCAGAUACAAAAUGGGAUGCAUCAAAACAAGUCACAGUUCCAGGGAAUUGCCCCUACCACACAGCAUGUCAGGACGAGCGCAAGCCAAGAUCCAGUCCUUGGCCAAGGACUGGGAUGCAGGGAUACUGGCAUGAGCUGGGAAAAUGUUACAAAGCAACUGGAUGUAAAGAGACAUCCAGGCUCAGUACCACCGCAGGGUGCACAGACUGAUGCUCACUUCCCACCAAGACAUAUUGCUCCACCAAAUCAGGUAGUGCCCCAUUCUGGACUGAUCCCUUUAGACCAUACCAUUAGAGGAUCUGCUCCCAGAGCCAGCCAGCCACGCAUACCCCCACUACCUGGGAUCAGCAGACUAAGCCAAUCCUCAGCCACACCACAGGGGCGCAUGAACACCUACGGAGGCACGGCACAAAGCCCCGGUGAAUUUCAGAACAACCGCACAGGCCACGUCACGUUUGAUUUUCUGCCGGAUGGGGAUAAUACAGUACCAGGGAUCAAUGCAGACUCGGACUUCAUCGAUUCUCUUCUUAAGUCAGGUUCAGGCAAUGAUGACUGGAUGAUAGACAUAAACCUAGAAGAGAUUCUGGGUAGUCAUUCAUGAAGAAGAGAUUCAGGAACAUUAAAUGAGAAUGAUGAUUUUACUAUUUUGGUAUUUUACUAAGUGGGUUAGUGACAGGAGCCACUAACCUGU